AUGGGUCCAGGGAAGCGAAGGUCCAAGGUCACACAGCCACGUUUAAAGUCCGGAUUCAUGCCGGGAAGAUUCACGGGUCACACCCAACGUUGGCCUAGCCAAGCGCGGGGCAAGGAGACAAGCUCUGCAACAACCGCGUGGGCUUCUUCCGUACUUCUUCCCUACGCGGCGCGGUGUACGUCGGUUGCCCGCCGCUGCGCCUGCGUGGCUGAGAGGGGAAGUGAGGCGGUUUCCUCGGCGCCUUUUCCGGCUGUGGCUGUGGCUAGGGAGGAGGAAGAGGAGGCGGCGGCAGCAGUAACGUCGGCCCGGGGGACCCUGCAUACAGGGCGGUGGCCGGAGGUAGCUCACGGAGUCCCUCCGGGGAUCAAUGACCUGACGAGGAACCGGAGCCGCUGCUGUCGCUCGGGUUGCCAGGGUCGGUGGUUCGGCGGGCGGGCGGGCCGGGGUCUCCGGCGGCGGCAGGGCCAGGAGAGACGGCAGGCAGUCCGAGAAGCGGGCGGAGCGGGAGCGGGAGCGGCGGCGGUGGCGCUCGGUGCCUGGGGGGGAAGGGCAGUUCCGGGCUGGGCCUCACCAGGGCGGCGGCUCCCCGCGGCGCAGUUUCUGGCUGUCGGCAGUGACUGGAGGAAGCCGGGUUUGGAGCCGGUGAUGUCCGAGUGAG